AUGGCGACCACAAAGCUGCUGAUAUUGCCUUUCUUCCUCAUCUCUCUGCCCUUCUCCUCCAUUGCUUUUUCCGACGAUGUAGAUUGCAUUUACUCAAUGUACAUUAGAACCGGAACCAUCAUCAAAGGCGGAACCGACUCCAUCAUCAGCCUAACACUCUAUGAUGCCAUCGGCAAUUAUGUCAAUAUUAGCAAUCUGGAAGCAUGGGGAGGGUUAAUGGGUGCAGGGUAUAACUAUUUCGAACGUGGAAACUUGGAUAUUUUCUCAGGUAGAGGACGUUGCUUGACUGCACCGAUAUGCGCCAUGAACUUAACAUCAGACGGUUCGGGUCCUCACCAUGGAUGGUACUGCAACUAUGUGGAAGUCACCACGACCGGUGUCCAUACCCCUUGCACCCAGCAGCUGUUCACAGUGGAACAAUGGUUGGCACUCGAUAUUGAACCCUUCGACCUCACUGUCAUUAGGAACUAUUGUCCCGCCCAGACAAGUGCUGAUCAUCAUCGUUCUGAAAUGUAG